AUGGCUUUGCGCACAAAUUUUCCUCUGGUUCUUUUUCUUCUCUCUUCUUUUCUCCCAAAAAUUGUAUGCAAGACUACAAAGGACGUCGUUAAAGUUACGCUUUUCUUGCUGACAUUAGAUUCCGGCAUAUCUCAUGUUCCGCACCAAUCGUCUCGUCCCUGCAUCGGAAGUUCCUCCGCCAUUCAGCGAACAGUAAGCCCUGGAUAUAAAACAGCUUCUCUAUAUCGCAAAAUGGCAUUGUGA